AUGAACACCAUAAAUGACACUGAAACAUCAGUCCAAGAGUUCAUCAUUACUGGUUUCCCUAAAUUAACUGACCAAGAAAGCCGAACAAUCCUUUUUGUUGUCUUCUUGGCAGUCUAUUUUUUCAUUCUGCUUGGCAACAUUCUGUUGAUCAUAAUAUUUAUUUCAAAUAGAAAUCUCCAUACUCCUAUGUAUUUAUUGAUUUGUGGUCUUUCCAUUUUAGAUAUUGUCAUAACUACUAACACUCUACCCAGUAUGUUGGUUGUGUUCAGCUUCGGAUCGAGAGUUGCACCGUUUGCAGCUUGCUUCCUCCAGACGACUUUCUGGUUGAGUCUGUUUUCAACCGAGUCAUUCCUCCUCACCCUUAUGGCUUAUGAUCGCUACAUAGCCAUCUGUAAUCCUUUGCAAUAUUCCACUAUAAUGAGCAACAGCCGUGUCUUGAAAAUGAUCGCUUGCUGCUGGGUGGCAGGGUUUCUGUGUUCAGCACCAAGUGUGAUUCUUGCUCUUAACUUCCCAUUCUGUGGUCCCAAUAAAGUCAUUCACGUCUUUUGUGAUUAUUCGUCAGUGUUGGUAUUGGCCUGUGGAAAUAUCUUAAUAACAAGUUUUCUUGGACUUUCUAUUGGCUUGAGUGUUUUGAUUUUCCCUUUGACUUUUAUCUUGUUUUCAUAUGUGAGAAUCAUGUUUUCAGUGAUCAAGAUUGCCACUUCUGAGGGACGUCUGAAGGCCUUUUACACAUGUGGUACACACUUUCUCGUCAUUUUGGUCUUUUUCCUUGUUGCUGGUGGAGUUUUUAUUUCGUACCGAAUUCCAGGAACAUCUGUGGAUAUGAGAAUUAUGGGGUCGAUAUUUCAGAAUGUAUUUCCAGCCCUGAUGAACCCAGUCAUUUACUGUUUGAGAACUAAAGAGAUUAGAGACAGCCUUGUGAAAAUGCUCAAAAAGAGGAGAGUGUUACCAAACAGAAAGUCUUAA